UUGGGGGUCUUGGGGAUCGUGGGCGAUGCGGAGCGGAGCGUCUCAUCUGGCGACUGACCCAGCAAUUCGGCACGGACCGGUCAAUGGUGAUGGUAAAUCCAGCGCGGUGCGGUGUUCGGCAGCUCAUGCGGCUCCUCCCAAGUUGAUGCGUCUACCAGAUGCGAAGCAUCGCUGCCAUUAAGUUAGGAAGAGGGAUUUCUAUGGAGAUUGUGAAUAAUAUCUUGGGUUCGAACACACUGGUACUGCAGCAGGAAGGGCUUAUACAGCGAAUUAGGCGAAGUGAAUUUAGCACCAGAAAGGGCUUAUACAACCAAUCAGAUUUACCUCAGUCAUGCUUGGGCUAUACUGUAGCCAUACUUUCUUGUCUUUAUGCCCGGGCGUUCCAUCAUGUUGCAAGAUUUCAUACGAGGCUAGCAUUUUGUUGAACAUGGUCUUAAAAAAGGUACCAGAGCUUCCUUUUUUUGCGGAAUUUUGUGCAAGCUCCGAUUUCCACAGAAAAUAUUUUAAGCAAUCUUUGGUUCUGCUUGUUGUCUGGAUUGCGCAGUUAGAAGGACAUGUGUCAUAAUAUAUCCUCUGGUUGUUUACAUUUAUCUACCUGCAGAACCGGCACACACAUGAUGAGCUGGGGACGCCACCGGGAUCAGCGGACACGGAGUGGCUAGCCCCGGAAUGAGGCAUGUCGGAGCUGCUGGAAGCUCAACAUCAAGACCGGUCAAGGAUAGGACUGACAAGGAGAUCAUGCGCAACCAAUACAUUCUAUCUUUCUAGGCAUUGCAAUCUCUCGGAUCUCGCAGGGUGGUCUGAUUCCAGGAGACGACUGAGGAGGACAAGCACGAUUCCGGGCAUCUCGGCGCUGCUUGUACUGAAUAUCUCCACACCCCACUCCAGAUCUUCUCCACGACAGUAUGAUGAGGAAGAUGGUCCCAAUAGUGCUUUUGAUUCAUGUGAAGUAGAAGAACCUUGGGGCUGUACAUGGGAGAGUGGAUCAGACCAGAGCCAAAUGUGAUCUUGGAGACUCCUUCCCUACUUGAACAACAAUAAUCACUAUACCCGGG